AUGCGUGUUGAGUUUGGAUCUUGGGUGUUUGGCCUUCUCAACGCCACCUCCUUCUCCUCUCCUCCCAAAUCUGCCAAGAUCAACGCCCGACAACUCGUCGAACUACCCAAUGUCUGGAUUGAGAACGUUGCCUUGCGCUCCAACGGAAAUCUCCUUCUCACCACCUUUGGGAACGGUGACAUAUACUCUGUGGAUCCCUCGAUCCCAGAGGCCCGUGUUGUUGCCAAAGUCAAAGAUAUUGAUGCCCUCACCGGAAUCGCAGAGGUUGACAGAGACCUGUUUGUUGUCUCUGGUGGCAUCUACGAUGGAGGAACUUACUUUGAGGAGGGAUCUAUGAAGAUCUUGCUUGUCGAUUUUCGAGAAUGCGGAGAGUCCCACCAUGGUAGUCCAUUGGUUCACCCAAUUCUCGAAGGCAAAGAUGCUGGCGUCAUCAAUGGCAUGACUGCUUUGCCGGACCACCAACAUAUUGUUCUCGGCGCAGCUUCUUGGACGGGCGAAAUUUGGCGAAUCAACACAAAGACUCGUACUUCUAAAGUCAUCUUGCGAGACGACCUGCUGGCUGCUAUCCCAACAGGGCCUUAUCCUCUUGGUGUCAAUGGUCUCAAGAUUUCGCGAGGUUAUCUCUACUUUACCAACACUGGUCGUCAGCUUUUGGGGCGAUUUAAAAUCGAUGAAUUUGGAAACAAGAUCGGGGACGUCGAAGUUAUAUGGCAAGCACCAGCUGACACGAAAAUUGCCCCUGAUGACUUUUCGUUGGAUCAGGAUGGGAACGCGCUUGUUGGCUGCUUCCCCGACUUGUUGAUCAAGAUCACUCCGGACGGUGAACAGACUGUUCUUGUUAAUGGGACACUUGCCGGAGGUACCAGCACCGUAUUUAGCAAAGAUGGUAAAAGUCUUUUUGUCGUUACGACUGGCAAGGGCGUGAAAGGCGUGACGGGUGGUCAACUUGUUCAAGUCGACCUUUGA